AUGGCAUCUGAUGCACUCCAAGGUAAAGCAGUUUGCGCAAGAUGUAGAGAGGACAUCCAAGACAGGUAUCUCCUCAAGGUAAAUGACUUAUGCUGGCAUGCACGAUGCCUUUCAUGCAGUGUGUGCCAAACAACCCUGAGUGGACACACGAGUUGCUACAUCAGAGGGAAAGAGGUCUUCUGCAAAGUAGAUUACUUCAGGAGGUAUCGGACGUGGUGCUCUUGCUGUGGAGAAACCGUUCACUCUACGGACUGGGUGCGCAGGGCGAAAGGAAAUGUUUACCACUUGGCAUGCUUCUCUUGCUUCUCUUGCAAGAGGCAGCUAUCCACAGGCGACGAGUUUGCUUUGGUUGGGCAAAAGGUGUUGUGUAUAGUGCAUUACGACAGCAUGCUGGACAAACUCAAAGGGGCGGUUGAAAAAGGGAAAACUGUUUGUUCUGAUGGUGCAUUGCAGACAGGGUGUGAAAUAUACCAAAAACCAUCUAAAAGAGCACGCACCAGUUUCACUUCAGAUCAGCUACAGGUCAUGCAGGCUCUGUUUGCCCAAGAUAAUAACCCGGACACACAGACACUGCAGAGACUGGCUGAACAGACCGGGCUUAGUCGACGCGUCAUUCAGGUCUGGUUUCAGAACUGUCGGGCCCGCCAUAAGAAGCACAUUUCUCCACCUCUUUCAGCAAUACCAGCCAGUGAUCUGUCUGCACUCCAGCCGGUCCAUCUCUCCCAGCCCAUGCUAAAUGAGCUGCAUUACACAACUCACUGCUGCACUGACAUGCACACACCAUCAUCUCUGCACUAUCAGCCCUUGCUCUCGCGCCAAACAAGGAAUCUACCAGUCAGCAGCAGCUAAAUCGCCUUGAUUGCUCCUCUCUCCUAUUAAUAACAAUUCAGUUGUAAACGGUGUCUAAAUUAUUGUAGCCAAAUUGUAAUGUCCUCUCUACCUCGGAUACAGAACUAUAAUCAAUGCUGGAGGUAACCAGCAAUAGACACACCAACAUCAAAUUUGUAGAAAAAUUAAAGUUAAAUUGGUAAUUAUGUUUUCUGUAUGCCCUAAAAAAUUGGUUUAAAUGAUAGAUGAAAAUUAAUUUUAAAACUACAAGUUUUGCUGCUGUCACCAGGGACGCAUAGCCAUUUUCUCUUUGUUUGUACAGUGUGCUAAUAAGUGUCUUGACAUUGUCAAUUGGAAC